CUACUAUCUGCAUGGGAACAAAACUUGGAGAACAUGUUUGCUGAUCGGAACAAUAAUCCAAUGCAAACAUGGAGGAGAACAUUUUGUUCAAUGAUGCACUGGCCCUUUAAACCAUGGGCAGGUGGCGACACACAGCUGCUAAUACAAAUGCGUAGUUGUUAGAUGAAAAACUUAUAUCAGCGCAUCAUAUUGUUGCCAGGCCAGUUCACAUUGGCGUCAAAUGUCACUGGUUGAGUUCAACGCACAACCAAGAUGUAUGGAGAAAAUUUCACGCAGCCACAAAACGUAACUCAAUUUGACAUCAGAUCCAGCUAUGCAGAGCUCGCUCCACCAUUGUUCACCGCUAUCAUAGGUGUGGGUUUAAUCGGUAAUUUGAUGUUGAUUUACACCGCGCUCCGUUGGCCAGAAAUGAGAACACCGUGUAACUAUCUGAUCGUCAACAACGCAUCUGCGGACCUUUGUGUGGUUCUCAUAGGAGCACCAAUGAGGAUAGUUGAAGUGUACCACGGAUGGCCCCUGGGAGAACUUGCCUGUCAGAUUCUUGCACCAACUCAAGAUGUUUUCGUCGUGGUGUCGGUGCUAACUUACACUCUGAUCGCGUGGGAGAGACACAGAGCUGUUUUAACACCUUUUAAACCCAAACUAACCUUGAGAACGAUAACAAUCGCCUCCGUUUUCAUUUGGAUUGUCUCAUACCUAAGCACAGGCCUACCAGUCGCAUUGCUUUGCAACUUGCAUACAAUUCAAGGAACACCUCGAUGCUUGGUAACGUUUCCAUCAGACAUUACUCAGCAGAUGUACGGGUCUUACUUGGUGAUCUUUUUCAUAGUGUUGCCACUCUUUCUACAGACAUAUGCAUAUUCUCGUGUGGUUCAUUGUCUAAGACGCAAAGGGGUGGAGAGUUCUUUCAGUGGCUCCACGAGAGGAAGCGUUAGAAGAAAGAGCAGUAAACGGAAGCUCAUUCGAGUGACAAUACUUCUGAUGAUAAUCUUCCAAGUUUGUUACCUACCAAGAGGAGUGUUGAUGCUCCUUUAUGAAUUCGCGCGCGAGUUAACGACCCAUCCAGUUUAUGGAAAGAUCAAUCUGUUUUUCAUGGCUCUAUACUAUGCCAAACAUGCCAUCAACCCAAUAAUAUUGUUUACUGUAAGUACAGAUUUUCGCUCUCGAUUCCCGUGCAGAUUAACAAACCUGGGAAAGUGGAAUUUUCCCGCGUUCAAAAGCGUAUUCUUAUCUCGUAAAUCAACCCUGAAUACUCCCUUCAUGGAUGCUGAACAAAAACAGCCUAUCAAUGUAGAGGCAAAACUUUAACAAGGCUGACUGCAAAGGCAAACAGCUACAUUGGGGUCUCUUUUAAAACACCAGCACCUACAAUUCUCAUUUUUUCUUUUCUCCUGAGCGUUUUGAAAGAAAGCCUGGAAUAACAGUAACUUUUGCAUAAUACAUGGCGUACCACGUUGUAAUUUGACCAUUGCAUUCUGAGAGAAAACGAGACGAAUCUUUGGCUCGGGAGAUUUACAUUUACCUGUCCAAGCUAAUUAAAAUCUUCCCGACAUAUACAAGUACUUAGCUGAAGUAAAG